AUGCUGAAAGACAAGUCGAGCUGGCCAACGACGAUCGAGGUCUCCAGAUCGCAAGUAGACGAAGCGCUGUUAGAGGAGAACGUACAAUCAGAUCAAACUGUUGCUGCGGUAGUCAACAUUGAAGAGUUUAGCGCUAUCUUCACUCGGACGUCGUCGUUCCAUACGCUAGUGAAUAUUGUUGCAUGGUGGAUCAGAUUCAAGGAUAACACGCUCCAAGCUGACCGCUCAAAAAGACGUAUUGGACCGCUUACACAUGCUGAACGAGAAAGAGCCACUCGCAGUCUCACGCUUAUCGCUCAACGGGAAUGCUUCGUUCAAGAUAUUGCGGAUCUGAGCAGAAGAGAAGAAGUGAAAACUACAUCCAGUAUCGUUUUAUUGAAUCCACGGCUGGUGGAUGGCAUAAUUCGAGUCGGCGACCAGCUGGAGAAUGCUCCAAUUUCGGCGAAUAGAAAGCAUCCCAUCAUCUUCGACAAUAAUCAUCCUCUGUCAUUGCUUAUAAUGCGUCACUACCACAAGCAACUACCACAAGCAACCGGUCAGCAGCUAUUGAUCGCCAGCGUAAGGGAGAGAUAUUGGAUUCUUAGCAUCAGAAGCCUGGCACGCAGAGUCAUUCACGAUUGUGUUACAUGUUUUCGUAACAAACCCAGCGUUCAGGAACAGCUAAUGGCUGAUUUGCCGGCAAUUCGAGUGACACCUGCGCCACCAUUUCUUCGAGUGGGCGUGGAUUACUGUGGCCCCUUCCAAGUUAAUUACCCAUUCCGGAAGAGGGUCAUGGUCAAAUAUUUCGCGGCAAUUUUUGUCUGUCUGGUGACUAAAGCCGUCCAUAUUGAGAUGGUUGGCGAUUUGACUACUAUGGCCUUCAUAAGUGCUCUGAAGCGAUUCACCGGCAGAAGGGGCAUCCCAGAAGUCAUUAUGUGCGAUAACGCAACCAAUUUUGUAGGAGCGAGACGCAAACUGGUGAGCUCCAGCACCUCCUAA